GAGAGAGAGAGAGAGAGAGAGAGAGACACUUGAGCACGAGUGUUUGUAGGGGAGUGUGCGCGCGCGAGUCGGGACACCGGGAGUCGCGAGCAUGGAGAUCCACCCGGACCGCUUUAAGGCUGUGGCUGGAAAAACCCUAGGAAAGAUACACAGGAUCCUAGAGAAGCGUCAAGAAAAUGGCGAGACCAUCGAGCUGUCAGCCGAGGGAAGGCCCGAGAUGGUGGAGGAGAAGGAGCUGCCCAUCGUGGACUGCACCUGCUUCGGGUUGCCACGCCGCUACAUCAUUGCCAUUCUGUCUGGUCUUGGAUUUUGCAUCUCCUUCGGCAUCCGCUGUAAUCUCGGCGUGGCCAUCGUCAGCAUGGUCAAUGACCACACCGUGUAUUACGGAAAGAAACCGGUCAUAAUGGCUGCUCAGUUCACGUGGGACCCGGAGACAGUGGGAAUGAUCCAUGGUUCAUUUUUCUGGGGUUACAUCGUUACGCAGAUCCCAGGAGGCUUCAUCUGUCAGAAAUUUGCUGCCAACAGAGUGUUUGGCUUUGCAAUCGUGGCCACGUCCACUCUGAACAUGCUGAUCCCGGCUGCUGCGCGGAUCCACUAUGGAUGUGUCAUCAUGGUCAGGAUAUGCCAGGGUCUUGUGGAGGGUGUGUCAUAUCCUGCAUGCCAUGGGAUUUGGGCUAAAUGGGCUCCGCCUCUCGAGAGAAGCCGAUUGGCCACGACAGCAUUCUGUGGGUCGUAUGCAGGGGCUGUGGUGGCGAUGCCCCUGGCUGGUGUGUUAGUGCAGUAUACAGGAUGGUCGUCUGUUUUUUAUGUAUAUGGUAGCGUCGGAAUACUGUGGUAUCUCUUCUGGAUCUUAGUGUCCUACGAGAGUCCAGCUGCUCAUCCUACAAUCAGUCCAGAGGAGAGGAAAUACAUCGAGGAUGCCAUUGGAGAGACGGCAGGGUUGGUCAACCCCCUUCAGAAAUUCAAAACCCCUUGGCGUCAUUUCUUCACCUCCAUGCCAGUGUACGCCAUCAUCGUGGCCAACUUCUGCAGAAGCUGGACCUUCUACCUGCUCCUCAUCAGCCAGCCUGCAUACUUUGAGGAGGUUUUUGGCUUCGAGAUCAGCAAGGUGGGGUUGGUUUCUGCGCUCCCUCACCUGGUUAUGACCAUCAUAGUGCCGUUGGGGGGCCAGCUGGCUGACUACCUGAGAUCACACAACAUAAUGAGCACCACUAACGUCCGCAAGCUCAUGAACUGUGGAGGAUUUGGAAUGGAGGCUACGCUGCUGUUGGUGGUAGGAUUCUCUCACACUAAAGGAGUGGCUAUAUCCUUCCUCGUCCUGGCUGUCGGCUUCAGUGGGUUUGCGAUCUCAGGCUUUAAUGUGAAUCAUUUGGACAUAGCGCCACGUUAUGCCAGCAUCCUGAUGGGUAUUUCUAAUGGAGUGGGCACGUUAUCGGGCAUGGUGUGCCCUCUUAUAGUGGGAGCCAUGACCAAACAUAAGACACGUGAAGAGUGGCAGUAUGUCUUCCUCAUUGCAUCAUUAGUGCAUUAUGGGGGCGUUGUUUUCUAUGGGAUAUUUGCAUCAGGAGAGAAGCAGCCAUGGGCCGACGCUGAGAACACCAGUGAGGAGAAAUGCGGCAUCCUGGAUGAAGACGAGCUGGCCAAUGAGACCGAAGAGCUUUACAGAACGGGAGGACAGUACGGCGCCAUUAACCAACCAAACACGGCCGGGCCGAACGGGAGUGGAGGUGGAGGUGGUGCUGGAUGGGUCUCAGACUGGGACAAAACAGAAGAAUAUGUACAACCAGUUGGGAGAAAUAGCUAUCUUUAUGGAGGAGAGGGAGAAAGGGAGCUCACAUAGUGGGAGUAGUCCACAUGUCCCAUCCUGGAGAGUAGGAGUCUAGCAAAAGUUUUCCCUGCUCAUAGACAAUGAAUGAUGUAUAGCUGCAUACUCAAUACCAAGCCCCAUGCUGGACAAAGCUUUUGCUUAGAUGGGCAUUGACACCAAUAGGAAUUUGGGGUCUCUCUCUAUACAGAUUAAUGUACCAGUCUUCUCCUUAGUUCUUAAUUCUUCAUAGUUUUACGUAGAACCUUUACUAGUCCCAAAAAGAGACAAAUCAAGAAUCAAUUUUUUCUUCGUACCCAGACCCGCAGUUCUUUAUUCUUUGUUCAAGUAAAUUUGAAAACUGGAGAAUGGAGGAGAAAGCAUGCAAAUAAUUUACUGCCAUUUUGCCUAAUGCUAGUUAGCUGGCUAACAUUAGAUAAGUAACCAGCUGACUAAAGUGUUGGUGAAGUAGCUAACGAUAAAUGUAGUUGAUAUUUUCUUAGUGAAACUUGUUUGAAUUCAGGACGUGUUUUCCAAAUUCACUUUUUCAGUUUGUCUAGUUGGAUUUGUGCCCAGGAUUUUUGGCUGUGAAUUACAGCCAUAGCGCAUGUUAUCCCUAAACACAAAUCACAGCCAAGUUAACAUUAUUUAUAGGCUAACAUGUUUUUGUGUUACUAAAACCUGAACAAAACCCAGUCGUUUUAAGUGACCAGUUGAAGCAGCUAAACGUUCAAAAACGAUAAUAAUGCUGCGUUUGAGGUGAAGUUACAUCUUGUAAUUCCCGGUAAAACUUGAAAUUUAAGGGUAGCCUUUCAAAAAAUACCCGCUGAUUUCUUUACUUUUUAAUGAGCUUACUGUAGAAUUAGCUUUAGACCAGUUAGUAUACAGACAAUAUGUUAAUUCUAUAACAUUAACCGUACUGACCGCUGAUUUGAGAAGGUAAUCAGCAACAUUAAAGUUAUCUAACGUUAGCCGGCUAGCUUGUUGCUACUUGAUAUCGUCCCCUGGCUAAGGUGUUGCUAACACUAUUUGGUAUUUUCUAGUGUUUCUGCUGUGCUGCAAUUUCAGUCCUAAAGGAUUUACUAUAUUAGAACAGUACUGAUAUUCAUCUAGGCAUGUAAAUGUACGGUUAAAGUAGCUUUUUAUGAGUCCUGUGUGCUCUGAAAGAGCAAACACACUUUUGGGAAAGUUGUCUGUUUUUUUCCACCUGGUACGUCAAAUAUUUUGAGGUGGGAAAAGUGCAUUAUUACAACUUACAGAUGCCACUAAUGCAGCAUAAGCACUUCUUUGAUAAUCGUGGAGAACUUUUUUUUAAAUCACAGACUCCCUGGAUAUGCUUCACAGAUCUCUGGGGGUCUCUGGGUGACACCUUUAGAACCAAAAGUGGUGAAGAUGUCUGUUUCAUUCUGAUAAAACAUCAUCCUUCUCAACUAGGAUGGUUGAGUUAGUUUGGUUGUUAGUUUGCUUGGCUAAUCAAAAGCAUUGUCCACCCAAUCUUGGUGUCCAAACUCAGGCUCUAUUUACAUAAUAAGUCUGUGGGACUACAGUGUAAACCUGGAACUACUGUAUAUUCGGUUAAAUCAGGUGUCUUUCAGCAGGGAAACUGGAGUUCUGGUGGAUUUCAACUCUCCAUGGCUGGACUUGAAACCCCAUGAGUUAACCUGGUAGAGCAAAUUUAUCUGAAUGUGAAAGAUAGAACGAAAUACUGAACAACGGUGACAUCUUUAGUGAGAAGCAAACUCCGAUUGAACAUAGUGGAUGGGAAGUAAGAUGGAAAAUGGUUCUUUAAGGGUUUGUAUAAUUGAGCGUUCCUAGCUUCCAAAAUGGGUUCUAUUGGGUAUCGUCUGUUUUAGGGUUCUUGUGAAGAAAUGUAGAUUUUUAAUGAUGUUAAUGUGAUGAUACUGGAAGGUGUGUCAGGCUGUUGUAUGUGGAUUUGCAUUUGAGUGUGUGUGUGUGUGUGUGUGUAUCAGUGUGGAAUUUGACGGUGCUGUGAUCUAACUCCAGUAUUUUCAGGCUUUCUGCCAAAAUCACUGUAAUGCACUUAAUAUGAGGAUAAAUACCAGAUGUGUACCUUUGGUGUAAGUGUGCAUGUGUGAGAAUAUGUGUGUGUGUGUGUGUGUGUUUCUUUUCUGUGCACAAUUCCUUGUGUUUGUCCAUGGUCCCAUGGUCAGCACGCAGCUCACCCUCUCUGCCUCAUGCUCUAAACAUAGAUUUCCCUAUUAAACCUUGAAUUCCACAGCAGUACAUGAUGUCACAUUAGUGGUGUGUGUGUGCACGAAUGCUUAUAUGUCCAGAAUUAUUGACACCCUUCAUUAAAAAUAAUAAAUAAAUGUUAUUUUUUUAAAAAUGACACACAGCAAUUCAACUUUACUUUACUUUCAAAAGUAAAUACCUUUAUCUCAGAAAAUAGAAUUAUUAGACAUUUUUUUUUGUUUUUAAAAAAUUGUUAAAUGUAUUUUCUAGUCACUUUUAUUUAUUAUUAUUUGUACUAAUAUAUAUUUAAAAUAUUAAACAUAUUUUUAAAAACAUUAACCAUAAAAAAUAUUAAACCACCCAAAGGAAUAUUUUAAAUAAAUGCAAACAAUUUUGCAUUAAUUAAUUAAUUAAUUUAUUUAUCUAUUUAUUUAUUUAAUUAAUCAAUUCAUUCAUUCAUUCAUUCAUUCAUUCAUUCAUUCAUUCAUUCAUUUAUUUAUUUAUUUAUUUAUUUAUUUAUCUAUCAAUUAGUUAAUUAAUUGAUUGUUUGUUUUUUUAAACCUAUGCCUAUAGAUCCAGCAUGUUUGAGCUCAUAAUAUCACGUGUUAUUCUUAACAUGUACAUUUUUAUGAAGGGUGUCAAUAAUCAUGAUAUGUGUGCGCGUGUAUGUGUGUGUAUGUGUGUGUGUGUGUGUGUGUGUGUGUGUAAGAGAUAAAAGCACUGAAUUGUAAUGUGAAGUACAGCAAAGGUUAGAAACCUGCUAGACAACCUUCUAAUAUCUCAUUUCUUAUUUCCAGUAACACACAGGUAUUCACACACCAUGUUGUGAAAUCCUGAUUUCAUGUCUGUUUAUCGACCAGCAUUUGGCACAAGACAAUUUCACACCUUUAGAAAAACACUUUAUCCAGGGUUCAGAACAGAAAGCAGAACAGAAAUUAAAGCGUCGAGGAAAUGAUGGAAACAAUUUUGUCCUUUAAAAUGUGAUGUUUCUACUUUUUGGCAAUUUUUUUUUUUUGGAGUUCCUCUCUCAUUGUUUUCCCACGAUGCUGUGAUCAUGUGUGAAAAAUGAAUAAACUGUUAGAUAAU